AUGUCAGAUGCAAACAGUAACCCCGACAAUAAAACAAACUUCAGGUUCGUUGAAGAUGUCGAUUGGCUUCUUCGAGACACAGCGGUAACACCCACGCUUGCAAAUUCCUCUAAUGUGUGGCCUUCCCCCAAAAGUUCCCCAAAGGCUCUGUCUCUCCCUGGUGAGGUGAAUCCUCAUUUAACCACAUCUAUCUCCAACUCCAACGAUCAUGUGGUCCUGAAAACUCGUCCUUCCGUUGCCACAAUUCAAGAGGAUUCCGUGCUUCUGCUGCCCGCUCUUGAAUCUAGUUCUCGGGAUCGGUCCAAUUCCAACGGCGUGCUUUCUCCACUGCUGCCACAGCUAUCAAGCAAUUCUCUGACACAAGGAGGAUUCCUCAGUAAGAUCAAGACCCGCUUCCAUCGUCUGCCUCCGAUGAGCCCACAGAUGACCACGCUGGGGUCGUCAGAGUUAUUUAAAGAUAAUUUUCGGCUCAGUAGAACAACAAGCAACGAACUUUCUCGAACCAGCUCCAACCAAACGACACAUACGGUGGCUUCCGGAAAUAACACCACUGGUUACGGUUCAUCCUCCACCAACGGUGGGCCUUUACUGAAAAUUUCAUCUUGGCCAAGCGUUCAUAGUGGCUCUUCCGACCCGAAAUUAGACGAAUACGUCAAGUUCUAUUCUCAGAAGCCACUUUCACGUACCAAUUCCCGCAAACUGUCGAUCCUGGAACUGGCCAGUACGACAAAUCUCACCGAUGAUGAGCGGUCUGGUUUGUCCAAAUUUUCGUUCCUUCGUCGUCGUUCAUCCGUGUCUUCUGCAUCGGUACCUACUGCGAAACUUCCCUUAGUUUCAGUGGCCACAGAAUAUAACCGGCGUCCACUUACGGCAGUUCCAGACGAUGACGGUACAAACUAUUCGGCGUGGCUUCCAAAGAAUUGGGAAGAAUAUAAAACUCCGGCCAGAGUUGGUACUCUUCAACCAAUUCUUCCUGAAUUCAAGAAUUUAAAGCCUUUAAAACGAGUUGCAUUUCACAGCUCCACCUUUCUCAUUGAUCCUCCUCAGCAAAUCCCCUCUCGGUGUCCCCGUCGGGGGAAUGUGGAGGUGCUUCCCAAUGGAACUCUCAAGUGCCAUCCUCUUAGUGAAGAGGACAGGAAGGCCAUGGAAAAGUCCCAUCAGGGGCAAGGCGGUGGGAUAGUGGUGGGUGGGACCGGGGCCCUUCAUUUCUUGGAGAAACUGGACAAGGAUAAAGCAGAUGAGCAGAAACACGAUAAAGACCGGGAAAAAUCAGAAAAGGAUCAAGCAGCAGCAGCUGGACUUCCAAUUAUUGAUAAACCAAUUGUCCAUAGUCGAGUGGGAUACACGGUACCUGUGGAGAAGAUGGCCUUGGAUCUCAUGUAUACUAGGUGCUGUCAUCUUCGAGAGAUUCUUCCUAUUCCUGCUAUUCUCAAGCAGAUUCCCAAGGAUUCGAUGGCUCCACUUCCAAUUCUCCAAUUCCGUAACCCCAAUCCUACUAUGGUGGAAAUUCAGACAUUUUCAGACUUUAUUCGAAUUGCUCCUAUUCUUUGUAUUUCUUUGGAUGGGGUGAAUUUAUCUCGAGAACAGUUCAAAAUUGUAUUGAGUGCUAUGAGUGCAAAGACUCAACUUACCAAGCUUAGUCUUCGGAACACUCCACUUGACCCAGAAGGAUGGCUGCUUUUGUGUUGGUUUCUCUCUAGAAACACCGUACUCAGUAAGCUCGAUAUUACACAGUGUCCCCAACUCACGGUCAUCAGCACAAAACCCAAGAAGAAGAAAACUCAGAAAGAAGACGAGCUUGUACGGAUGACAUGCAACCGUGAAAACAGAACAGAUAUGGACUGGCACCUUUUCAUUGCUACAAUUAUAGCCCGUGGAGGGAUUGAAGAGCUAAUUUUAACGGGUUGUUGUAUAACUGAUGUCGAUGUCUUUGAAAAACUAGUGAAUAGAGCUCUUUCCAUCAAGACCAACCGACUUGGUCUUGCUUACAACAACUUCAGCCCAAUGCACAUGCAGGUUAUCUUCAAUGAUUGGUUAUUCAAGCCAUUUGUACGGGGAAUUGACUUAGGGUUCAACGACUUUUCUGCAACCAAUCAGUAUUUGAAGAUAUUACUUGAGCUCCACAAACAGCCUGAUUUUGCUAAAAAGUUGGAACAUCUGCUGCUUAUGUUCCUCAGUAUCAAUUCUACUAAUCUAAGGUAUUGUGAUGAUUUUAAAACUAUUUUAGAGACGGUAUUCUUGAAGCUUCCAAACCUUAAAUACUUGGACUUGUCUAAUAACCCCAAGCUUUUUGCAACCCCCGAAAGUGCAAAAGACCCCAAUGAAGCAGUCAAUUACUUUGUCAGUAAGUUGCCUUUAUUUCCCCAACUUGUGAGAUUGCACCUUGAGACUAAUAAACUUUCGCCGGAUGCUAUCGUCUCGCUUGCCAAUGUUCUUCCUUUUUGCAAGCACAUUGCAUACUUUUCACUCUUGGGAAACAAGUUGGAUUUGGCUGCUGCUGCGUCUCUUUCUCAUGCUGUUAAGAACAGUAAGAACUUAUGCAAACUUGAAGCUGAUUUUGAUGACCUUCCAACAUACUUUAAAGAUCGCGUAGGUCUUUACUCGAUGCGGAAUAUGGAGAACAACAUCUACCAUUCUAAUGGAGGUGCCCUGGAAGACAAUAGCCAUAACGAAGAGCUUGCACAACAAUUGAAUGAGAUUUUGGAGCUCAAAGCCGCUGGUGAGCUCGAUUUGAACUCGGACAUUGUUCGUGACUUUAUCACUAAAGCCAAAAGAAUCCGGACAGAAUUGAGGUCUGCUGUCAACUCAAUGAACAAUCUUCAGUUGAAACAGCAAUUGUCUUUAGAAGGUAAAGAAACCUUGAUUCGGUUGAUCUUCAUUGAUUCUUCUAUUGGUAAGGCCAUGCAAUUAAUUGACGACAAAUUCCUGUCGGAAGACAUGUUGUAUCUGUUUGAUGGAGCCGAGUCUCGAAACGCUCGUCGUCCAACAUACGAAGGUGAUGUUGAAGUCCCUAGUAUCUCGAAUGGGCGUCUGUCACCUUCUUCUAAAACCCUUUUCCCACCAGCCAUAUCUCGUACCAGCUCCAAAACCUCGCUUAACCAUCUUGAUAAAGAAGAAGGAAAUAUGCACAGAAUCUCCAGUACAAUCAACCUCGCCAUGGAUCAAAUGAGUGAUAUGUCAGGAGAUCAAAUCCGGAAGAAAAUCGCUGGUAUCGAUUUAGAACAGCUUCCAGCGGUCAUUGACUUUGUUCAGAAGUUGAAAGCGAAAGGUGUAGAUGUUACGUCUGUAUUCAAGGAAAUUGGGAAAAAGAAGAACGAUGAAAAUGACGCUGCUGAUAAUAGUGAUAACGAGGAUGAAGGCAUCGAUCUUGGUUACAUCACUGACAAGUUAAAGAAACUCCAGAAUGAGUCUCCUCCGAGCAGUUCUGAAGAUGGCAAGGAUUCAAAGGAGUCUGUUAGUGAUCCAGCUCAUUCAAAGUCCAACCAAGAGGAUUUCGCUGAACACACCAUGACAUCCACUCCUAUGUCAAUGAUUGAUAGUAAGACUCUUGAUGCUUCUUCAGGAAAGGAAAUGAAUGAGCUUUACGACGAAAUGUUACACAAGCUCAACCUCAAAUAGAUAUUCUUAUUAUAUAUACACCAACUAUACAUAUACACAUUUAAAACCGAGACCGGGUAAUCUAGUAUUCAUCAUCAUCAGAGUCUAAGAUUGGAUCUUUACGUCUCUUGAAUUCGUCAUUUUCUUCCUCAUCGUCUUCUUCAUGCUCUUCACCUUCUGUCACUUCUAUGCCAUCAUGUCCAGCUUCUUCUUCCAAGUCCUCACAGGCAUCGAUCCAGUCGCUGUAAAUAUCAACUGGUUUGGAUAAUGAGUGGAUAGUGCUUUGGAAUGUUUGUCCACAAAUCUUACAAUGAAGCUCUCCAAUCCCGUUCUUUUUGUCCAACGUACAAAUGACAGACCUCUCAUGAUUACAAAAAAGGCAUGUGAACGUGAUAUCCAAUACCUGCUUGACCUUCUUUGUUUGGACACGGGAUGAUGAUUUUCUCUUUCCCAUGGUUGAUGUUUUCGAUGGUGGGA